AAAAAAUCCUAGAAAGAGAAGAGAGCAAAACAGUCGCACAGAAUAGGGAAGCACCUAGAGUCAUGGACAAAGAAGAUAAAGCCGGAGAUAAGCUAAGUGGAGAUCCUCAGUAAGUAAAAAAGUCAGGCUUAUUUAACCUUUAAGCCCCAAUAUUCACAUAUAAAUUCUCCAAACUGGUUUUUAUACAUUUCCAAAAAGAAAGUAAAGAGAAUUUCAGCGGUAAAAGAUAAAUGCAAUGUCAAUUCUCACAACCUUUUCUCUUGAUUGUGUGUAGAUAUUGUUAGGGGGAAAUUGAUGUUUAUCACUCUUGGGACCCUAAGGGUUAAUGGGGCUGUGUCACGAGGAUAUUGCUGUUUCAUGUCAUUUCUCUGUGUCAAUUACUUUGUGCCUAUGCCCAUUCACAAAAAUGCUUCUGUAGCUGUAGCGUAAUGAAGAAUGGGGACCUUAAGAUCCGAGGACGGCGACGGCAGAGAAAACGUCGCUGAAAAAGUGAAUUCGCGUUCUUUCAAUCUUCAUCACGAUUACUCCAGGUCAGCAGCUUAGUCAAUUGUAGGCGAACCCUCCUAAAGUUGAAUUCCUAAGAACCAUAUCCAAGUUCAGAGAGAGAGAGGAAAUUUCGUCGUUGCUUGUGUUCUUCCUCUGUACAUCGUGAAAUUAGGCAUUUUCACGUCGUGGUCGUGCAGUGACGGCAAAGAAAUGUACAAAAAAGGGUGCAAAAUUGUUGUUUUGCUAAUUAAACCUAUUGCUUUUGUGCCGUUCCCGUUGCCGUCGCCGUCGUCGGAUCUUAAGGUCCCUAAUAUAUCAGACAAAUUCCUUCAUCAAGUUUCAAUCCAUGUCCAUCCUUGCCAUCCGUAGCAAAAGAUAACAUGAAACAAUUUCUAUACCUAAGUAUAGUCUUGCACAGUAAAACUGGACCAUUUUUUUUUGUUCAGCGGAUGCACAGACACUUUAACGCUUUUUAAAAAGAUAGCGAAUAGUGUGGCAUAGCGGCCGCUUUAAGAGCCGCCACUCUCACUGAAUUGUUUUUCAAAAGUUUCUUAAGUUUUGAGCAAGAGCUUUUCUUUUUACACAAACGGUCCAUGCAACACCUUCAGGUAGAUUUUAAUUUAAUUCUUGGAGGGAAUAGAUGGUAUAGAUGAUUGUGCCUAAUCGGCGAUCUUCUCCUGCCCCUUCCCCUUCCUCCUCCUCCCUCCGCAUUCCUAGCUGCAGUGUUUGAUGACCUCCAGCUACUUUGUAUCCAUGCCACAAGGCGCCGCUCGUCCCAGAACCUCUGUAAUAAUAAAAUUUAUACCACAUGUCAUGAUUACAGGAAACGGCGACAUGUUGCUGCAACAAAGAUUCAAGCCUUGUGGAGAGGAUGGUAUAUCAGACACUUAAUUGAUGUCAAUACAACCAAGGUGGGCAAACAAAAAAAACUGACAAUGUAAACCAGACCGAAUAAAAUGCUUUAGUAUGAACUCAUUUAUGAGUGACAGAGAAAGCGGAUAUGUGUAAGUCUACCAUUUAAAUAUCGCGUAUAUUAUCUGUUUUAGUGGCUUGCAGCUGUGAGUAUCCAGUCAGCAUGGCGUGGUCACUUAGUUCGUUCGCAGCUAAAAAGGGAAGCAAAAGAAUCUAGGGAUCCAAAGAGAAACUCGGCUGCUACAGUCAUUCAGGUAAAGUAUAUAGUCUAACCUCUCCUUACGGACACCUCUAUAAUACGGACACCUCUUUAUCACGGACAGUUCGUUUGGUUCCAGAAAAGCCAAAAAUCAUACAUUCCCUACCUCUAUAAUACGGACACCUCUGUAAAGCGGACACUUGGUUCUGUCCCUUUGGUGUCCGUAUUAAGGAGGUUUGACUGUAAAUGGGUUUGUAUCGCAUUCCGACAAGAAAGACGGUCACCCUGCGAGCAGAGCCUCCUUUUGUCUUCUCCUUGAUCGAGGAAGAGAAAAAGAGACUGUUUGAAUCGCAUCAAGCCUUCGAAAUCGCCGUAGCCCACAAAGAGGGACAAAAGUGUUGAGACACUUCUUUAAAAUGGCCCCUUUUUGAACAGUGGACAAACCUAUCCCCUCCCCCUGUGUACAAGCACCCCCUCCCCUCAAAACCAGUGUUGUGUUUUAGUCCCUCAAGUGUUUCUUGUACUACAAACAACUUUGAUUCAGGGGUGGGGGAUUGACGGCGUCUAAAUAGAAUGAAAUAAUAAAUGAAUGAAAUUGUUGAUAAAACCACCCAUUAUAGACAAAAGUGUCAACUACUUUUGUCCCUGAUUGCAGCUUCUGGGCAAGUCAAUCUUGUUUCCUCUUGUCAAACUGGUUUUUCGAGUUCGAGCAUUUGUUAAUUGAUAAAACGUUGCACAUCCAGUCUUUACUUAACCGAAGGGGUUAGAACCAAUAGCGUGCUCAACAAAGAUCUUAUUCGAAUCAUGUAGAGACGUUCUCAAGCAAGCGAAAGAAAGGCUCGGCUGGUGGGGUGAGGUGUGCCCAAGAUUUUCCGCUCGAAUUUUACUGUUACAUUAAUCCUUUUCACCGAGUUAUGAGGUCCUUGACUAACCUCGGGAAAAGUAAAACUGCGCGUGUGUCCGCUUUUGAAGUGAUAAGUGAGUAUUGGACAAAUCCAUGUAGACGUUAUAGGAAACGACUGUGACAGAUAUCGAGAUAACUACCUCGGGAUUCUCAAUCUUACCAUAAAACAACCAAUCCAAGUGUACUAGCCCACGAGAGAGCAGCUCUCGGGGGUCGUUUCUCCCUAUCCCCCUCCCUUAUCGAGAGCUAACUCGCAACCUAGAAAUUUUCUCCUGCAGUACACGCGCACGAACCAUGAGAAAAAGAAAGUGAGUGAGUGUAGCAUCGUGGUGUACGGGCCGCAAAAAGCAGGGAAGGAAGCAAGGUGGGGGAGUAGGCUUAUGCCACCGGACUUUGUCACUCCGUAAGCUGCUGGAAUAAGGGGCAAUUAACCAGGCGCCCAUAAACCGGAGUGGACCACUUACAUGUAUUCGUGUCACGGUGUUUUAAGUGACUGGUUUAUUUUUAGAUCGACUUUGGGGUGACAGAGUAGUUAGGUAGUUAGCAGAAGUUACAGACCGGAAAAUGGUUUUGGUUUUUUUUUUCUUAAUUCGGAUGUGCACACAUACGGAACAGAAGUUGCUAUCUCCGGAUUAUGGGUUCCAGCUGGCACAAGGUUUUAGCGCAACGAUUCCUGGACUUCUUUGCUUCGUUUACUUUUUGUUACUUCGCUUACCAAAACUAUAAAGACAAGAAACUGUAAAAUUAAAUUUAAUUAAGAUUUGGCACACAAUCAGCUACUGGGAACUAAGUCCGCACGUGGGUAGAUUGCAGCGAACGGCUACUGAAAGUAUUCUUCUUUCUGCAAAAGGCACAUUUUCGUGGUCGGCGCGUUCGUCGGCGUUUGGCCGACGCCUUGAAAGCAGCUCAAUUCUAUGAUGGUGAAGAGGAGGAGGACUUUGAUUAUGACGAAGAAGUGGAUUUAACAGCUUUUGAGUUUGACGAAACAGUGUUAGAACAAGGCUGGACACCAAGCGAAACUCCACAGUUACCUUCAAGGCAAGUUUCAUUAUUCUAUCCCAAAACAAUAUUUAAAAGUAACAAAUAGCAGCCGAUCAUCGUCCAAUGUCCCAGUAAAAUGAUUAAAUGUCUGACAAAAUUCCACCUGCGGUUGAACACUGUGACGAUCAAAUACCAAAGACUAUUACUUUGUAGCUGAAGAUUGAAAGUCUUGUAUGUCCUACUGGAACGGUGACCUGGUCCGAAAUAUGUUGUAGUAAAAAAGAAACCUUAUUUGAUAUCCUAAUGUGUUUGUUAGAAUGUUGGUAAUUAUAUUCGCACUUUCAAAUUGAAGGCACAACAGGUGUUUUUAUCAAUUUAGCCCUAAUCUUGACCGUCCUGGUUUUCUCAAACCUUAGUAAUAAUGGAAACUGAGCGUUUGUUUUCCUGUCGGCUCAUGAAAACAGUUUACUAACACUCAGAAAAUCAGUUUGCUGAAAUUCGAGAGUUAUUUACACCUGCCUGUUUGUAUUUUACAGCUCAAGCGUGCAGUUUUGCGGCGCUGCGAAAGCGUACCCAUAGCACUAGACAGGCGCGUGUCUUAUUCAUUACGCCCAUUAGAAACAAGUGUUGAAUAUUGUUUAGUUUAGUUCAGUUCCUUGAAAUUCGCCACUGGAAUCAACGCGGUGACCGGGGAUGAAACAGGACUUGCGUCCCAAUUGAUAUCAUUCCUUUCAUUAUUCUCCCAGACCAUUAGUUGUCCACACCACUGAGGUCUACAUCCCCUAAACAUACGAACAGCAGUAACUAGGGAACUUAAGGAACAGCGUUUUUGAGCAGACGCACGUCAACCGGAAGUGAGGCCUUCUCCCUUUUUAUAUGUCUUGACGCUAACACAUUUGUAUUGCUAAGUUUCUUUUGUUUACCCAAGAGUUUCAACCAAACCACUGCCCAAUGGUGCAAAAUUCCAAUUCCGGUUGACGUCCGUCGCUCAAAAACGCUGUUGCUUAAGCUCCCUAGUGUGGGUUCUCUUACGUCCCACAAGAAUCACAACAGUGAAACAGCUGAGAGACGUAGCCUACGGUUUUUUCGUUCCUUUCUGAGAAGACUAAAAUGUCUAACAUUUUGUAGAUGCGAAUACAAAGGCAGCACAUUCUCCUCAGUUAGUUAAGACCCUGAGUGUUGGUCAGGCGCGGGUUUGAUGCCUCGACCUCCCGCUCGGCAGACCGGCGCUUAUCCAAUUGAGUUGUUGGUAGCUACAGUAUCUUGUUUGACAAUGUUGGUUUUAUUAUUUUCCUGUAGGGGGCCAGUACUGAGGAUGCCAACGCAGUCGUCAAAGGUUCGUCACUACUUUAUUCGCGUCUUGUUUUUCGUCAUCACGUACUUUUAGUAAACCAUAACUUGUAAACUACAAGUGUAAAAGUGUUCUUAUAUUACCCCCGGAGUGAGCAACUGCGUUGUAUUUUAAGAUGACUUUAGUGCGAAUCUUACAUGAGUUCCACAAACUUGUCAGCAGAGUUACAGACCGGAAAAUGGUGGUCUUGACGAACUAUUAGGCAGUUUAAGCAACCACAAUGGUUGAAACUUUCCAGAGUGACGAAUUAUAGAGGACGUAAACACGGGACGACAAAUUUUUCGUUCUAUUUUUAAACUUUGAUGUGCUUCCUAACAAUUUACCACCAGGAAAAUUCGCCUCCAUUUGACCAAUCAUUUGACCGUAUAUAUGACACUGAUGCACUUAAGCCUCUGUAUUUGGUAGUUACAAGGUUAAUGAUUAACUUCUUCACUCUUAUCCCAGCAGAUCCCCACAACGCGUUUCCAUGAAGAUAUGCUAAAUAAGACCGCAGUGCCAAAGCCACGUCAUGCAUGGCGCUCAGCGGAUUCACCCAUUACAGAUGUCAAUCAAAUUGACGUUGCUAGGACAAUUACAGACCAUGAUCAAAUGUCAGAAACGUCUGGUGUGCAGAGCCAUCUGUCACAUCGCGCAGAAGAACUGAGUAGUGAGUGGUAAGCGAGAUAGUCCGGGUUUAAAGGGAACCUCCACUCUUACUACAGAAUAAGUUUAAAUCGAAUAAAAUUAUGUUGAUAAACAAAUUUGUUCGAAAUUUGUCUUAAAAAAAGUGUUUAUAUCAGGAAAAGUGAAUUUUAAAAUCGCUUAUUUUCACUUUCAAAUUUCGCGGGCGCCGCCAUCUUGAAUAGUUGUGACGUGUUACGGUUGCUCUAUUGUUCUGACACAAAGAGCUUUUGUUUAAUAACAAUAGGGCAACCAUUACACGUCACAAUUAUUCAAGAUGGCGACGCCCGCAAAAUUUGAAAACAAAAAUAGGCGAAUCUAAAAGUUAUUUCUUUCGGAUACAAACGCUUUCUUUAAAAAUAUUUUAGAUUGACUUGACUGUAACAGUUAUUUCCUGUGAUUUAAAGUUAUCUUUUUGUUGAAGUGGAGGUUCCCUUUAAUAUCCCUUGUGGUAAUUAAAGGCAAAGUUAGGGUCACGGGAAAGUGCUGCUCAUUAGCUUUCAUUUGAAUGGUCAUACUAUCGGAUUUAAUCCGCAGACCUCGAAAGUUGGAACCCCCUUUGUACAGCGUAACAAACAGUAGCACAGGAAUGUACAUCUCAGUAGCUUUCAUUUGAAGAGUCACACUUACGAAUUUCAUUAAGACUCGAAAGAUAGAAUCUCCUUGCCGUUUACACUUGCUGCACAUCACUGGCCAAAUCCCUGUUUAUACUAGCUCUAGUUACGACCACCUGUCUGAACCCCCGUUUGAACUGUGACUUAAACUUGGUAAUGAAAGCUCUCUCAAGCAACUGCUCGCGUGAACGACUGCCAGCACUUUUGGGAUUAACCAACUGGAAUUUUUUUUUUAAGCUCUCGUAAGUGAUUCUUAUCUAUAUGAUUCGACACUUUCAUGAAACUGCACAUUCCGCUAAUGGUCCGUUCAUAAAGAACAUGAGGUUAUUUUGGUCUAAAAAUUGGACGUAAAGUUUAGCCGUUUGUAUAUCAGAUAUAAGGACAUUCAUUAAACAUUAAUUAUUUUGUUUUUUCUUUAUGAAUUAUUAAUAAGUUUCUAAAGCUCUCGUAAGCGACCACCCUCUAGUGUUUUACCAUUCGGUCGCUUACGUAAGCUCCUACUCGUAAGGGCCGAGCUCUAGUUGCGACCACUUUUUCGAAUUUCCGAGGGGGUUGCUUGCGAGACCUUUGACUGUACCUAUUCCUUCUAGGGGAUUUCAAAGUUCUGGAACAGCUGAACUGAUGUUAAAAAGGGCCAAAAAGAUGAAAUACAAUCCCGCGAGAAAAAAGAAGCUACUUGGUGAGUUGAUCAACGUGUGUCACAUUUAACAAAAACAUUUUUUUUGGUUGUUCUGUUUUGGUUUUGGUCAUAAAGAUUAAAAUAUUAUUCCUAAAACAAGAUUAAACUAAAUGAAGAAGGAGGCUGAAGUGGAAUUUUCAAUUUAAUGUUUAAAAAAUAACAGUUUUGAUUGUACUUCGGCCAAUUCAUGUUUAGUAAAACACGCCAGCAGCCUUUUUGUAGGUAUUAGUCUUGCAUUUUUUUUAAAGUCCAUUUUGGUUCCUUCUGAUUUGAAACAUCGACUAAACGGCUCUCUCUGCACUUAAGAGUUUGCCUUAGCCGGUCCAAAGAAAUUACCAGUAAUUUUAGCAUUCCUCCUCAGUCAAAAUUAUAAAUAUAUCAUGCAAUGUUUAUAGUAGAUUUAAAACUUGUCUUGGUUAAUCCUUGCCCUUUAAUACUCAAUUUUUCCUUCUUUUGCCGAAAGAUCCCAACAAGCGACUUGCCUUGUUCAAGAAAUUGGACGAGACUAAUAAAUUACGUGACGUUAAACCUCCGCCCGCGAGAAGACAACCUCCAAACAGAAUCGAUUACUUCGCAGGUGAGUAGUUAAAAUGGUGCGAAUGGACAUGAUCAAUUUUAUCAUUAGAAUAAGGUUUUAGAAUGUUACAUUAAUUGUAUGGUACUGGGUAAUUUCCUUCGGAGCAAACACUCGUUCUUUCACAUCGAUUACCUCAAGAGUGUUUGAAAUAUUUUUAAAGAGCUACCCCAACCACACAAACAAAUGUGGUCACAAUUUAUGUAAAGUUAUGCACAUGAAAAAGCGGUUUGCCUAAAUUGUUUGUGGCAAAUUAAUUGCCAUAGACGCGCCCGUAUUUUUUGCAAAUAAAAUCGUCAACUGUCAAUGUUCGUUCAUGUGCACGUCUCGUCAAGACCUGUCAAAGGUUUUACAUAGUCAGACUUGAACAGUUCUUCCCCCUCUCUUUUAUCUCACGACGUAUUUCCCUAGACAUGAUAUCUUGCAUAUCCUCGCUGAUCAGAGUCAUUUCUUUUAUUUUUCAUUCAAAAUAACUCUCCGUUUCUGAUUGGCUCAAUUUCCGCGGCUAAUUUUUUUAGCCAGCGAGCGUUGAUCAAAUUUGGAACGUGUUUGCGAUAUCCGCCAGCGUGACGUCUAUGGAACGGGCUUUGCCAAUAAAAAAAGGAACGUAAUUGAGAAUCCCUGGGGACGAGGCUGGGUUCGCUCAGUUGUUUUUGUAAAUCUGGAGAAAAUAGGGGGAAAUUUCACGCGUUUUUUUUCGAAGAAGAAGUAGCCGAACCUCUUCGUUAAGACAUGCAUACAAGCAUUAAAAAAAACAACUCAACGGAUGGAAACUGAUGUGUAAAGAAUAUGCCUUUAUAUCCUGAAUUUGCCGAAAAACAGGCAAAUUAGUAUAGGUAAUAGCAUGAUUUGUAGUGAUAUUUGGCAUAAAUACCACGAGUGAUAUUUCAAAAUUGUUAUACAUAAUUUCACGAGCCGGUAGGCGAGUGAAAUUUGAGACAAUUUGGAAAUAUCACGAGUGGUAUUUAUGCCAAAUAUCACGUACAAAUCGUGCUAUUAAUUGUUUAUACUACUACCCUCGAAAGGUGUGUAAUUUUCACAUGUAGGUAUUUCAAAUUAAGCUGAAAUACCACUGCUGUAAGCCAAUCAAAUUGCAGAAAUUUCUCAUGUAGUAGUAUAAAGGCAGGAACUUAGCAUUGAUCUAGGUAGGUUUUGUUUUAGUUUUUAAUCAUUUUGAAUGAAUAAUAAAAUUUUGAGAGUUGACAUAGUGACACAGCCAGAUAUGUUUCAUGUAUGUUUGCUGUCGCCUUUUUGCCUUCUGUCAUUGCAAAACAUGUCUGUAAGUUUUUAAGACAAGUUGCUCGACAUACUGAGUGUUUGUUGUUGUUGUUGUGAUUGUUUUUGUUGUGUGCUUGUCUCACCAUAAGGUCAUUAUUACUUCAAUUACAUUAAAACUGUUUUAAAUUUUGUUCUUGUGACAGCUCGCCAAGCCAUGGCAAAUCACCUGACGUCUACCUCACCCGCUUCUGAACAACAUAACCGAGAACAGAUGACGUAUAGGUAACAGCAGCGCCUUGAUUUCGCAAAGGAGCUUAAGCAAAAACGAGCAAUGCACGUCAACCGGAAGUGGACGUUUUCCAUUCUUGAGCAGUGGUUUUGCCCACAUUUUCGGGCAAAUCGUCUCGAUAAGAGUAAAGCUACUUAGCAAUACAAAUUUGAAAGCGUCGAGGCAUAUUAAAAGGGAAAAAGCCUCAUUUCCGGUUGACGUGCAUUGCUCAUAAACGUCUUUGCUAAACUCCCUUAUAGAGUUUAUUCGCUCUCGUGGCCAGUAUCUUUGCAAAUAGACCUUAGGCAAACGCGUGAAAAAUUACAGUGUUUGUAUGAGAAUUUAAUGUCGAAUAAUUUCCGUGAAACGGCUGUUCUGAAAAAAAUAUCAAUUGUAAACUAAAGCUACAAAGCAAAGGAUUGUCCUAAAAAAUUUGGGGGCGUACCUGUGCUUAAAUUUUUCCAGAGGCUUGCUUUGGAUUUUCCAUAUAUUUGUCUGUAAUUUCCCCGGGACUUUCUUACAGGCAAAUGUGAAGAAAAUUUUAAAACUUGGUUCUAGAUCUUCUGGUGCAUGUAACGCCCUCAAAUUUUUUCAGGAGAAUCCUUAGGAGUGAAGCUUUAGUUUACAAAUCACAUUUUUUUUUUCACAACAGCCGUUCUACGGAAAUUAUGCGACAUUAGAUUCUCAUACAAACACUGUAAUUUCUCACGCGUUUGCCUACUCGUCAAGAUGGCGUCGAAAACCGUGAAAAGGUCUAUUUAUUGGAACAAAAGAAAGCGUUAACACAAGAAAAGAGUUCAACUCCCACAGGAUUGGUUUGGAACACCAACAUGGCCGCUGUUUCAUUGUUUUGGCAGCCGUGACGUCAUGUAAAAACGCUUUGUAGACCUUUUCCAAAGUACUAUAAUACUCUUUGCUUUUCCUCCAGAAGUUUGCAUAAGCAUUGUUUUCAAUUUGUCUUGGGACGAUUGCCCUAUACGGUAUUGCAAGCACGAGUAGGAGUGUUUCGUCUAAUAUUCAAACGAGUGGGAUGACAAAACAAGGUGCAGGCCUAAUAAAUCGUCACUCGUGUUUUAUCCAAUUGGCUCUUUUAUUAAACGUUUCUCAUGUACUUCCUUUUAGAACUUGAAAGCAGUUGAAAAAGGGACUUCGUCCUGGAACUGCCCCCCUGGCAUAAAGACCCCCACUUUGUGCGUGACAGCUGUAUUGUGAUAUUUCUGGUGGUGAUCCAAUGAAUGCAUUCAGCAUAUUUUCAUUGAAUGUUUUGCUUUUGUUAUUUCCUUAGCUGGGUUUACAGACAAGCUGUUGUUCAUGAAGAUGAGGAAAAAAAUAUCAUGGCCGACCAAAAAGAGUUUGCACCAGAUAAAAAAACCAAAAAAACCUCUCCCCAAAAGUAAGUAGUAAUGAAGAUCAUAAAGAAUCUGACACAGUUUCAUCCCUAAGCUAGAUCCUGCCAUUCUUUCACGCGCGCUGGGCAAGUCCUUCUUAAAUUUUGGAAACGGUUAAGUGAAGACAUGAGCUCUCAUUUGAGCGAACGAAAAAAACAUUUUUUUUUCUCAAUAGCAUUUCAACUAUCAAGCUCUAACAUCUGAGUAUUGAAAGAUCAAGUUAAAAGAAGCUAUCUUCGAAUUCUGUUUCCGUGUUUGUUUUUGUUUGUUUGUUAGUUUUUUCUCAAAUCUUGCAAAGAAUCAAAAAUUUGUCUUAUAUCGCCUUUUAUCCACCCAGUAGUUAUGUGAUGAAAGUCUGAAAGUCAACCAUUUCAUAGAUUCGACCUUGCUUUCAACCCGCUUCUCUUUUAUUGGUUAACUCUCCAAUGAGCCAAGACGUAAAGUACGAAAACGUGAGAACGCUAGUAGACAAUGCUACAUCCAGUGUUGAUUCGUUUUAUCAUAUUUCUUUUUCAGAGCUAAUCGCUCUCCGGUCAAUCUUCCUCACAUGGACCCUGUGGUGCUGUCUGGACGUACCCUCCCCCUCACAGUGAGUGUAAAUCAGUUAUUUUCUAGUGUCACAGUGUACGCUCAAAAAUCUACGGUUACGAUUCUUUCACUGCCAUAAAUGGCGAUGGUGACAUUUAUUCUUUCUUUACACAAUUUUUUUAAUUGGCACAUAAAUUAUACAGCAAUCCAUCCUCUGUACCUGUUCCUUCUAUAUUCCACAAUUUUGUAACUCCUGUAACAACUGUCCACUCUUAUAACACAAGGAAAUCGACUAAGCUCAAUUUUUACCGUCCAAACGCUAGGACUAACAUGGAUAAAUUCACUUUAAAGUGCUCUGCUUCAGUUUUUUGGGAAACUGUCACCUUGAUGCUAAAACAACUUGAAGACCCCAACAAUUUAAGAAACUUUACAAAGCAAACCCAUUUAAUCUCGUCAAUCAAAUUAGAUAUGUUCUUUUAAGUACUUAAAUGUUAAUUACUAAUAAAUGCUUGAGUCCUUACGUUGUUUUUAUUGGCACAUAAAUUAUACAGCAAUCCAUCCUCUGUACCUGUUCCUUCUAUAUUCCACAAUUUUGUAACUCCUGUAACAACUGUCCACUCUUAUAACACAAGGAAAUCGACUAAGCUCAAUUUUUACCGUCCAAACGCUAGGACUAACAUGGAUAAAUUCACUUUAAAGUGCUCUGCUUCAGUUUUAUGGGAAACUGUCACCUUGAUGCUAAAACAACUUGAAGACCCCAACAAUUUAAGAAACUUUACAAAGCAAACCCAUUUAAUCUCUUGUCAAUCAAAUUAGAUAUGUUCUUUUAAGUACUUAAAUGUUAAUUACUAAUAAAUGCUUGAGUCCUUACGUUGUUUUUAUUGGCACAUAAAUUAUACAGCAAUCCAUCCUCUGUACCUGUUCCUUCUAUAUUCCACAAUUUUGUAACUCCUGUAACAACUGUCCACUCUUAUAACACAAGGAAAUCGACUAAGCUCAAUUUUUACUGUCCAAACGCUAGGACUAACAUGGAUAAAUUCACUUUAAAGUGCUGUGCUUCAGUUUUAUGGGAAACUGUCACCUUGAUGCUAAAACAACUUGAAGACCCCAACAGUUUAAGAAACUUUACAAAGCAAACCCAUUUAAUCUCUUGUCAAUCAAAUUAGAUAUGUUCUUUUAAGUACGUAAAUGUUAAUUACUUAUAAAUGCUUGAGUUCUUACGUUGUCUGUUUGUCUGCUUGCUGCUUGAUUGUUUUUUUGCUGACUUGUUUGUCCCCUUUUUUCUUAUCGUUAGUUCCUUAUUUAAUUAUUUUCAAUUUUUUUAUUUUUAUUUAUUAAUAUUUAUUUACUUCUUUCUCCAUAAAUUUAAGAUACAUAGUCCAUAGUUUAAUGUAUUUCUAAUUAAUUUAGAUCUAUAAAAUAAUAUUAUGCUAGUCUUGGAUUCCACGUUAAUUAAACUCAGUGUGUGGUGGUGGCCAACUCGAAAGCAGUCGCUACUUUGGCCUCCACAGACACUCAAGAUAGUACAGUAAACACCCGCAUAUAAGAACACAUGAUUUCGGGGUUCAGGCUUAUCUAGUUCUUAUUUUAAUUAUCGGAUGCUUAGUGAGAGACCAGCCUGAAGAUGUUCUUUAUAUGUUCUUAAACUUUGUUCCAGAAAUACAAUGAUGUGAGUAGAGGUUUAGUUAGCAUAUUUUAUUAUAAAUAAAUAAGCAAGUAAGUAAACAAAAAUCCUAAAGACACCCAGGCAACUGUUAUAGUUUUUUCAAUAUUGUCUAGCAACAACCAUAGUUACAUUGCCUUCUUAUUCCGACACCCUCUCCCUUAUUAUAUAAGAACGUGUUUUAUUUAUCAGGCUGAAUUUUUUGUUAUAUGUAUGGUGCUUUUGGGCCAAAUUUCAGCCUAAUGUUCUUAAUCCAUUUGUUCUUAUAUGCGGGUGUUUACUGUAUUAGCCCUGUUUUAUCUGUUUGAUUUAUUAGUGAAGAGAUCCUGUUAUUGUUUUAAUUUAUAUCUGUGAACUGAAUUGGAACUAAGUAGUGUGAAAUAAAUGAACAUGAACAUGAACUUAAUAUCUGUGUUAUUUGUGAUUUCAGGGCGUAAAUAGUUUUUAUUUUUCUUUCUUUUUUUUUUCAGUCUAGUCCUCUAUUUUCCCAGUCCGUCGAGCUGGCAUCGUCGGAAGAACCUUCCCCGAGACGAAAGUCGUUAUCUUCAGGUAGUUAAGCCGUCAUGCUCACUUUCAUUCUUCAGAGAUACUUUGGGCAAAUGUGUCAGAUAAUGGUUGCGAUUUCGUCAGUCUCUGAGUAACUUACUCGAGCUUGAGCUUUGAGUAAAACAUUACACCAGUAGAUAUUCAGGUUUCUCACAGUCUUGAAAAGUCCUUGAAUUUCAGGGGAAUUCCUUGAAAAGUCCUUGAAUUCCAUUUUUCCUUGAAAACUCCUUACAUUUCUGUGCAAGUCCUUCAAAAGUCCUUGAAUUUUCUUCAACUUUGAAUGUAGUGGCUCGGAAAGAGUUUUUUGAUGCUUUUUGGUUGUCCAAGACAGGAUAUAAAUCAUAGCUCAGAGAAUUUAAAGGUUAUGUUUUAUGUAAUAAUUAACUAUCAAUUUAAGAGCAGUGAACUGAAAAAUGUAGAGAAGCUGGUGAAGCAAACAGUUCAAGCCUAAAGUCUUAUUAGAAUAUUUGUACAAUCUGUGAAAUUAUAUUCCUAGUAGGUGGUCCUUGAAAAUCUAAUGUGGUCCUUGAAAAGUCCUUGAAAAUGGUUGCACGAUAACUUUUUCAAUUUAAUUUGAUAUUUAACUGAUCGGUGUAGUGCUUGUGUUAGGGAGAAUGAAGGAGAAAGAAGAGUUAACUUAAAGUUCAGGUGCCAUUUACACUCCGUUCCCCACCGGUUUGUUUGCAACCUCCUCCUUUUGCGCUAUUCCGCCCCUUACCUCAUAUUUCCCUAACAAUGGUCCCCCCACCCUUCCGCCCUCCAAAUGUCAUGGACUGAUGUCUUGUCAAUGGCCCAACAAUUUGUGUAAGUGGAAGCGAAUGCAAAAUUUGUUUUUACAAAAGCAUAUUUUUCCGUAGUUCUUUUGCGUAUUUCGUGAAGCCCGUGUUGUUCGCUCUCUUCGUUUCUUAGAGGGUCACGUGCGUUUUCCCGCCAUCAAAACUCAUUCCGUGCCCAACCUCCUAGCCAGGUCCACAGCCAGCGGAGAUCAGCCAAUCAGGACGGAGAAGAGCAACAGUGCUGGCGCAAGAAUUAACAGGGACUCCAGGACCAAACGAUGACAAGGAAAUGGAAUCCAAGAACAAGUGAUCACAGAAGUUAACAGGGAACCCAGGGAAAAACAUGUAUGAAGUUCAGAGGGAACUUACAGAACAAGGCACGAUAGGAAAUCAAGAGAUGGCAGGAAACCACGGGAACUUAAAAUGCUAACUUUUUCAAAAAUGAUUUGUCGCUGGUGCUUGUAGGGUACAAACCAAUUACUUGUUCUGAAUGGUGAAAUAUUAUAUAUGUAUGCUUUGGCUACGCGAAAUCUAUCGUAACACCAUUCAUGUUGUUCCAUAAUUACACCUCCACGCGGGCAGACAGACGCUCACGCGGUUCACCAGAGAAAACACCCUUGAAAACAAGCCAAUUCCUUCUUGGGUGCACGAACAUUUCGUGCUUUAAUGCUUUUAUCGGCUGGAGAUGGCUAAAAGGUGUAAUAACUGAGUGUUGGUGAGAAAUUUUAUUUAUGAGAUACACUGCACACGAUACUGCGUUGUGUUGCAGAACCAUUACUUGAAAAAGUCCUGAAAAAGUCCUUGAAUUUUGUUUGUAUGAAAUUGUACGAAGCAUGAUUCCCAUUUUUUGUUGAUUUCUUAAUACCUUAAUGACCCUAUGACUAAAAUGACACAAACAAAUAAAAUACUUAAAAUAUUUUGGCUCUUCAUCUACCAUGCC